GAACAGCUUGCCUAUACUUAUUCUGACAUCUUUGCGAAGCUCUUCCAUUCCAUCUACUUGGUCUCCUCCCGCCGGAGACGAAAUCUUCUCUUGCUCGAACAACUCCGCGCUGGGUCGCAGCUCGCGGCAUCGGAUUUGCAACGGAUGAUCUCCUUUGCAAAUGUACCGAUUUUCUGCGUCAACAAGGAGUUGCGCAUUGAGGAGUGGAAUCAGAAGAUUGAACAGCUCACAGGCGUUAGUAAAGCUGAUGCCUUGAACCGUUUUCUGCCCGAGUUCUACUCAAAACAAUCAACGAACUGGUGGAAUGAUGCCGGGCGCUUGCUGCAAGACACCUU